CAAGCCGAAGACCGCAAGAUGUCUUCGCUCUGAAAGAGAAGAAUAUUCUUAUGUUCACUUGAUUUCUUGGAGUAAGAGUGAUUUGCUACAUGCCGUUUGUUACUACAUAGCAAAUCAACACUAGGCAGCCAUGGGGGAUGUCGACAACCAAACUUACGACCCGUCGUGGUUCUGCGGUAGCGACCCCGCUGAAGUAGGCAGCCAGGCAGUCGACAAUCUCCAACUUACCUGCCUGAUGAACGGAAUAUACUGCAUUCCACACACAGUGUUCAUAGCCUUAGCCGUCAUCAUCCUCAUCUAUCAGCGGUUCUUCAAUGCAGACAUAGAAAACCUCUACAAGACACCGGAGAAACUGCUCCGUAUACGAUACCCGUUCCAUGACUUCCGAAUGAUCGUCCUGCUUCUCCUCUUCCUCCUGACCACCAUCCAGGUCUUUGAGGGAGUUCUAACAGACACCCUAGUCAUCGGAGGGAGCUCACGACCACAACUCAUCGCUCCAGCUGUCCUUUCUGUCUUGGGCACCGUGGUCUUGGUUUAUUACUCCGAUCAGGCCGAGUUGUGGGACCAACCUAAGAUGCUGUGCUUGCAGGUGGUUUACAUGCUAGCAGCCAUUGUCUCGGAGAAGCUCAGGUUUCGAGACCUUAGGAGAGCACCAGGGAUGAACAUCACAAUUCUCAAGUUUGACCUAACUUUGUCGAUGCUGAUAGCGUACAUCUUGUUACUUAUUGUUGACGUGUUUUUAAUAUUUAACAGGGUUCUACUGCGGAAUAAAGUUCGCCGUGUCCUUUACGGAGAUGCAAAUUUCGCACAAGACUCCAAGAAUUCAAACAUCAAAUACAGGCACAAAUUCUCGAACUACUUCGCUUCGCUCUCGGUGUGGUGGCUCAAUGGUCUCUUCAGUUUGGGUUACCAGAGACCACUGGAGCUGAGUGACUUGGGAGAACUGCCCACAGACUACAAAUCUCAUGUAGUUGUCGAUCAAUUGCAGGAUGCCCUUAGUAAUGAUCUGAUGAAGAAGAACUCUGUGGAUAUCAAGGAUGCAAAUUUUCUCAAGAUAUAUUGGAAACUCCACGGUGGUGACAUAACUGUGGCAGGGCUUCAGAAGGUAUCUGCAGAUAUGAUCAGACUAAGUGGCCCAAUUUUACUCCAGAAGAUCAUCGAUCAGAUGACUUUGAUCUCCACUAACGGUGAAAUCCCUGUAGAUAAGGAUGUCGGUUAUAUCACAGUAGCAGACACAGCGGAGAAUGUGUAUUUUCUUGUGUUCUUGCUGUGUGUCUGCAACAUCGUUCCCACCGUGCUUCAACAGCGGCACUUCCAGUCGAUGUUUCACGUCAGCCUAAAAAUAAGAUCAGCUCUGCAGGGCUCUGUGUAUCUCAAGGCACAGUAUCUAUCUCCAGUUGAGCUCCAAGGUAGUGACAUGAAUGCUGGACAACUGACAAACAACAUCAGUACCGACCCUGCAAAUAUCCAGAUGUUCGCCAUGUUCUUUCAUCUGCUGUGGACAGCACCCAUCCAGAUUGCCGUUACACUGUACUUCUUGUACAACAUCUUGGGUGUGUCGGCUUUGAUUGGCGCGACCAUGUUUGUCAUUACCAUGUUGCUACAAGGAUUCAUCGCCAAGGGGAUCCGAAAGUUCCAACAAAGAGUCAUGGGAUAUUCAGACGAUCGCCUGAAGGGAACCAAUGAACUUCUUCAGGGGAUUAAGCUCAUCAAACUGAAUGGCUGGGAGGAGCGUUUCAGAAGUCGAAUCAAGACAUCCAGAGAUAGUGAAAUCAAAGCGCUGUACAAAGUGGCUGCACUCACCAGCUCAAUGUCUCCACUUGCUAUUUCGGCUACUUCGUUUGCGAUGGUUGUUUCUUUUGGUCUCUAUUAUACACUGGAAGGUGAACCUCUGACCCCGGACAUCAUGUUCCCGUCAAUCUCACUCUUUCAAGGAAUGUCGGGUUCCUUGAUGCUGCUCCCGAGCGCCAUCAUGUUUGCCAUCAAUGCCAUCAUCAGUCACGGAAGGAUCAAAAAGUUUCUCGGUGCGCCCGAAGUGGAGGACAAGGUCAAAGGCCGCCAGAAAAUGGUGACUUUAGCGGCGAGGGAUACUUGUCACGAUGGCGAGCAUCGACAUGACACUGCUAUGAGACUUCAAAAAGCUGCCCAACAAGAAGGAGAUGGAAAGUAUGGGACCUUUAACGAAGAAACGGAACUAAAAGCAGCCAAGCCGCUGCCACCACCAACUCCAACACCUACACUUCCAGAUAACUUGGUUAUCAAGAUUACUGAUGCAACCCUAACAUGGGAGGAUCCAUCCACACCGGUGCUUAAAAAUAUCAACUUGGAGAUUGAGACAGGCAAGUUGACAGCUAUUGUUGGAGAAAUUGGUAGCGGGAAAUCUUCCAUGGUGUCGUCCAUGCUUGGUGAAAUAAAACUGGUGUCUGGAGACAUUACAUGGAGAAGUGAUAAAAACAAAGUCGCCUACGCCAAUCAGAAAGCCUGGUUGAUCAACGCAUCGCUGAAGGAAAAUAUCGUAUUCGGUUCAAAAUACAAUGAACAAAGGUACCAAAUGACUAUCGCAGCGUGUGGUCUCCGUCAGGACAUCGACAUGUUACCAUCAGGCGAUAAGACUGAGAUUGGAGAGAAGGGAAUCAAUCUGAGUGGAGGACAAAAACAGCGUGUCAGCGUGGCGAGGGCUGUAUACAGUGAUACACAAGUUGUCAUCUUGGAUGAUCCAAUGUCGGCUCUUGAUGUCCACGUCGGGACCCAAGUAUUCCACGAAGCAAUCAAAAACUACCUGAUUGUAGAGCAGGGCAGAUCUGUUGUCUUGGUGACUCAUCAGACACAUUUUCUUCCAGAAGUAGACUAUGUGGUUGUUUUGAAGAAUGGAAGCAUUAUGCAACAAGGCACACCGGCCGAAAUCCAGCGGGACAGUCCUCAACUCUACAAGGGCUGGGUGGAUGCCGGGGUAGCAGCGAAGGCAGAGACCCCUGAUAUGUCGGAUGCAGCGGGAGAGGACCAGGGUAUUGAUAGCGAUAUCCAGGCAUUGAGGAAACAGAUCUCGGAGAGAGAAAAAGAGAUCAGGUUCAGGAAAGCUUCCAGGAUGUCGAGAGCCAGCAGUUUCUUUGAAGAUGACGAGGACUUGGAUGAUUUAUUUCCCGCUGAGGAGUGUGAUGACGAAGAAGAGGACGAUGGCAGUAAAUUAAUCCAUGCAGAGGAGCGUAACAAAGGCUCAAUAUCAUGGCGGGUCUAUCUGUAUUAUCUUCAAGCCAUUGGGCCCAAGGUGGUCAUUCUCGGUUUCGUUGUAUUUCUAAUCAACUUCUUGUUGUCCACGUACAGCAACUACUGGAUAUCAAAUUGGUCAGAGGCUGGACUGGAGCCAAAUAUCACACAGGAGGAAGUUGAGGCCCUCAGUGAAUACUACUUGACUGGGUAUACCAUCAUCUCGGUAACAUCUGCUGUAGUUGUCUAUCUCUUCAGUGCGACAACAUUCCUGUCCUCACUCAUAGCGGGGCAAAACAUCCACGAGAGAGUCCUAAAGAAUGUCACCCAGUCCCCCAUGAGAUUCUUUGACACGACACCCAUCGGUAGGAUCCUGAAUCGAUUCUCAACUGACACAAAAAUGGUGGAUCAGACUAUCGGCUACACAUUGGCACAGACGUUACAGUUUGCAUCGAUCACUGUUAUAGGUCUGCUCAUUAAUGCAAUUAAUGCACCGAUCUUCAUCAUUGGCAUCAUUCCCAUAACGAUACUCUAUCUGUUUGUCACUGUAUACUACAUUUCCACAACACGUGAGUUGAAACGUCUGGAGAGCAUCAAUAUGUCACCCGUGUACUCGCACUUCUCAGAGACACUUUCUGGACUGUCCACCAUACGAGCUUACAAUAAGCAAGCUUGCUUCGCUGGUGCCGCCAUGGAUAAAAUCAACACCAGUGCCCUGACGUGUCUAUUCCGACAAGGGUCUAACUUCUGGCUUCAAUUUAGACUGGGUGUGAUUGGAGCGGGUAUUGUUGGUAUGGCUGGUACUGCAGCCAUAACGACAUUCUUCUCUGGUGGUAUCGACAUUAGUUUGGUUGGCUUGUCGAUCUCCUUGUCUCUUUAUUCCUCCCAGCUGUUGAUGCAGACAGUCAGCCAGUCAGCUGAGCUUGAGAUGCAGAUGAAUGCUAUAGAGAGACUCAAAUAUUUUGCCAAUCUGGAAAUAGAGAAACAAGAAGGUGUGUUCCAACCACCUGAUGAUUGGCCGUUUAUUGGUGACAUCACCGUCAAUAAUCUGGAGAUGCGUUAUUCCAAGGAACUGGAACCGGUUCUUCAGAAUAUAAAUAUUCGCAUCAAGGGAGGAGAGAAGGUUGGUAUCUGUGGGCGAACCGGUAGCGGUAAAUCCUCCCUAAUGCUGGCAUUCUUCAGACUGAUUGACAGAACUGAUGGGGCUUUAUACAUUGAUGGAGUGAAUAUUGAUCACGUGCCUCUUGCUGUAUUGAGACAAAGGAUCUCCAUUGUCCCUCAGGAUCCAACUCUCUUCACGGGAACCAUACGCUUCAAUUUAGAUCCAUUUGAUAAAUGCAGCGAUGAGGACAUAUGGGAGGCGAUUGACAUUGCUCAACUUAAGAACACACUUUCCAACCUACCUAAUGGAUUAGAGUCUAUCGUGACCGAGGGAGGUGAGAACUUCAGCGUUGGGCAGCGGCAGUUAUUCUGCGUAGCUCGUGCAUUCCUCAGGAAAUCUCGGAUUCUCAUCUUGGAUGAAGCAACUGCCUCCAUUGACAAGGAUAUGGACGCCAUUCUUCAGGAUGUGCUUUUCACUGCUUUUGCCAACAAAACGGUUCUCACCAUUGCUCACCGUGUGUCUACCAUUCUAAAUUACGAUACCAUCGUAGUUUUGAGUGCAGGUAAGCUUGAGGAGUGGGACAGUCCUAAGGCACUUCUUAGCAACCCAGACUCCAUUUUCUCGUCUCUCGUCAACGGAUAGAAAAAAAGAACAGACCUUAAGUAUGACCUUGAGGAGGAAAUCAUUCCCACCAAAACCACAUCUAAAGGCACUAUUGGUUAUUACUCAAAACAAUUGUUAGCAGAAAAACUUACUUGGUAAUGAGCAA